AUGGGAAUUUCUCAGUGGACAUCGACCAAUGACGAAUUUAGUCUCUUUAUCCAAAUGGAGUUUUUCGAUUCGACGCUGGACGUGUGGUUGAAGGAGAGGCCCACCAAGGAGGAAAGGCAAGGGGAGGGUGUGGUCUCCAUUUUCGUCCAGAUGUUGCAAGGUCUCGAUGCCAUCCACCGGAAAGAUAUCCUUCACAGGGAUAUUAAAUCCAACAAUAUUUUUUACAAGGAGGAAAAUGAUAAGAAAAUUUGGAAAAUAGGAGAUCUCGGACUCAGCAAAAAGGUGAACAGUUCCAGCGGAGAAGAGAGCAGUCUUGACGACGAUGGUCUCUCCCACGUGGGAAAUGUUAAUUGCAGAAGCCCAGAAAUGUCGAAGGGGCUAAAUUACACUUACAAAACGGACAUUUACAGCAUGGGCCUCGUCUUUUUGGAAAUCCUUCUUCCCGAAGUGACCAACAGUGGGAAAAAGAUACAGGUAUUUUCACAAAUUAGAGAGUCCGAAAAUUUGGCCGGUUAUCUGCCAGACCUUCUCAGAGGAGCAGGAAGUGAGGACAAGAAUCAUAAAAUUCGCGAGAAUGGAGUAAUGUACGAAAUAUUGGAAGGGAUGCUCAAUUCUGUGCCAUUGUGUAGACUUGAGAUUUAUGAAAUUUUGAAACUCUUGGGUUCCACGUGA